AUGCCCCUCGGCUUUAUGAAGACCAUGAUAAGACCCUCACCCCAUGAUAAGACCCCCACCGACCUCUCCAACUGGUCACACAACAUCACCCAAAACUACCCUGACAAUGCCUUUGUGGCCACGUCUGUCAACUUUGGGCCCCACACCAUCUCCAUUCCGCAUUAUGACCAUGCCAACCUUGCAUGGGGUCUAUGUGCCAUCUUUGCUUGGAAACUACAACUCCGACACAAGUGGCCACCUCAUCCUCUGGGAGCCAAAGCUCAUCAUCUGCUUCCAGCCCAGAUGCAUCAUCAUCCUCCUUCUGCCCUCAUUAAGCAUGCCAAUAUGACAGUUGCAGCUGAUAAUCACUGGUACUCUGUAGUGCAAUACAGCACCAGCAGGCUCUUCUGCUUUGUUGAUAAUGGGUUUAUGACUGAUGGUAAGUGGUUUGAGCAGGCAACAGACAAGCAGAAAGCCAAGAGGGAGGCUAAACGCCAUGUGAGAGUGAAGGAGGGGAUUGCCAGGCUCAGCACAAUAGCUGAGCUCAUGGCUGAAAAUAAUACAAUGGCAUCCUAUGUUAGCAACUACAACCCUAUUGUGCCAGAUUCACAUAUGCUUACAUGCUACACACAGUAG